UCAUCAGCUCCUCGGUGCCAAGAAACACGACAACUUCUUGUACAGACUUAAAGACUUUGUGGCCAACACCCUGACUGCACUCUGGUGUCACGCUCACAAUGAAGCUCCUGGGAUUAGUUGAUCUGACGCUCUUGUUUAUCUUGGCCUCUUAUUCAAAUGGAGAAGAAUGGAAGAUUCAAGUCAACUCACACAUUGUGGUCAUACCAGGAGCAAACGUGACCAUACCCUGCACAUUUACUUAUCCUAGUAAGAUCCAAGGAAAUGACAUUCAGGUUUACUGGAAGAAGCUGCGCCAAAGUCCUAUAAAGACCCCUGACCGUGAUUUAAAUGCAUUUGUUUUUCACCCGAUGAAAGAGUAUGUCAUCAAGCAGUACAGAGGAAAGACCAGGCUUUAUGGAAACCCACAGGAAAGAAACUGUUCCCUCAAGAUUGACAAUGUCCAAAAUAGUGACGUUUUUUACGUAAGAGUCUUGGUAAACCGUACCUUCUUUAAUUUCAUCAAUGAUAAAGUUCACAUUGAUGUCACAGGUGUAAACUCAGCCUCUACUACUAGUGAACCCGCGUAUGUCACCAAUCCAGACUAUGAGAUGCAGCCGAAACUGUCUGCACCAGUGUUGUUUGCUUCCAUCUUUGCACCACUGUCUGUGCUUGUCGUCAUUGCUCUGGUCAUUGGAGUUCUCUUUUAUUUGAAGAGGAAAAGGUCAGAGUCAUUGACCAGGGAAGAGUCUGGAUAUUAUGGUAAUGUGAGCAGAGCAACAUUGGACAAAAACAACAGUGAAGCGCCAUGCCAAAGACAUGAAAACAAAAGACUUUCUAAAAUAAAGAGCAUCGAUGAACCGAUUUACGUCAACACUGAGAAUCUGAAAAGUUAUGAAGACGAGUCGACGGAUCUAACCCAAAAUGUUUACGCCAAUUACUAGUACUUCCUCCAAAACGAUACAAAAUCUGUGGUCUGAUAUUUUAGGAACUACAGUUUUUUUUCUGCACAGUACACUUAAAGAAGGUGUCAGGUGUCAGCAAUGGAGAAAAAGCUGCACAUUCAGAGGCCUUGUUAACAUUGCAUAUAUUAUACAUUACUAAUUGAUGUUUAUUGGAGUUUUUAAUAACAAAAAAGUAUGUUGUCAAUUUACCAUGAACUCAAAUACGUCUAAUAUCAAGAAAAGGAAACAGAAAGUGAACUACUUGUCAUUGUGACACCACAAAAUGUCACCUGUUCUCAUCUGCUUUUAACCCAUCACCACAGUGAACAGUGGGCAGCUUUCAGCGCCCGUGGAGCAGUGUGUGGGGACGGUGUCCUGCUCAGAGCACCUCAGUGGUAACCUGGCAGCUGGUGGACUCGAACCUGA